GAGUAGGGGAGAAGUCAUCUUCUUUAUUGCUUCAAGAGUCAAUCUUCUUCAAUCUAAUGAUCUUCAAUUCUUCUGGGGUUGUUUAUUUUGUUUGUAACUUUUUUCAGAAAUAAUUAUCAUUUAAUCACAUGAAAAAACGAGUCAAUUAUCAUCUUCCCUAUCUAUAAUCUAUCUCAAUAAUUGAAUUUUUAAGGUCGAUCAGAGUUAAUUAACUAUCUCUUGUAGACCCCCCACAACUAUGCCUUUUUUUAAAACAUACAUAGCCUAUAGGAAUAGUGAAGGGUUUGUGCAUAAAAUGUUGUUGCUUCAUCUCUCUCCUUAUCUUACAUCGCAGUGAGUAUAUAGUCUAUUUUGUAUAUAUGAUGUAUAUACAAUAUUAGCUAUGAGACAAUGAGAGGGAAGACAUAAAACACCUAAAAGUGAAAAGUACAAGACAACGAAUCCUCCACUUUGAUUUUUAUCUCUACACCCAACUAAGCCACGAAGCACAACACAACUCGGCUUCUUCUGGAUUUCUUCAAGAGUUACAGACACAACAAAAAGAUUUUAUAGCUUAUUUGUGAUUUUCCGACAAAAGGCAGAGAGCUUGGUUUGGGCAUGGACAUAGGAGAGAGCAACGAGAGGGUAAAAGACGAUUCUGCCCUUCAAACCUCGCCGAGGAGUCCUUUAAGCUCCAUAGAUCUCGCCAUCGAUGGUGCCAUGAACGCUACCAUCGAGCAGCUUUAUCACAAUGUCUGCGAAAUGGAGAGCUCCGACGAUCAAUCUCCGUCUAGGGCGAGUUUCAUUUCGUACGGAGCUGAAUCAAGAAUCGAUUUGGAGCUGAGGCAUUUAGUGGGAGAUGUGGGAGAAGCUGAAGAGAGAAAGAAAGAGAUUGUCUUGGAGAAGAAGGAAGAAAGUAACGAGGGCAGUAAAAACGGAGGAGGUAACUUGAGUCAGAAGAAACAAGGUGAAUCUCAAUCAAACGGUAAAAAGCUUGCGAAACCGAAAAUCCCCGGUUCGAGGAUCUCGUCGAGGAAAUCCCCUGUUUCCGUGGAAGAUGAGAAUCCCGAGCUCGGGCCUUUGUUUCUGAAACAAGCUAGAGAGAUGGUUUCUUCAGGUGAGAAUCUGAACAAAGCUCUUGACUCGGCGCUACGAGCGGUGAGAGCGUUUGAGAAAAGCGAGGAAGGAGAGAAACAACAAGGGUUGAAUCUGGUGAUGUCUUUGCAUAUCUUGGCAGGGAUCUAUGCCGGUUUAGGUAGAUACAACGAAGCUGUGCCUGUUCUUGAACGCUCUAUCGAGAUACCAAUGAUUGAAGAUGGUGAAGAUCACGCUUUGGCUAAAUUCGCAGGGUGUAUGCAGCUCGGUGACAUGUAUGGUUUAAUGGGUCAGGUCGAGAACUCGAUUCUGCUCUACACAGCAGGUUUGGAGAUACAGAGACAAGUUCUUGGAGAGACAGAUGCACGAGUCGGAGAAACUUGUAGGUACUUAGCAGAAGCUCAUGUUCAAGCAAUGCAGUUCGAAGAAGCUUCGAGGCUUUGUCAAAUGGCGUUGGAUAUUCACAAAGAGAACGGAUCUAAUACUACGGCUUCGAUCGAAGAAGCUGCGGAUAGAAAACUGAUGGGGCUUAUCUGCGAUGCGAAAGGAGAUUACGAGGUUGCGCUUGAGCAUUAUGUUUUGGCGAGCAUGGCCAUGUCGUCACAGAAUCACAGAGAAGAUGUUGCGUCUAUAGAUUGCAGUAUCGGUGAUGCUUACAUGUCUCUAGCUAGGUUUGAUGAGUCGAUAUUCGCCUACCAGAAGGCUUUGGCUGUGUUUAAGCAAGCAAAAGGUGAGAAUCAUUCCUCUGUUGCUUCCGUUUACGUCAGGCUUGCUGAUUUGUACAACAAAAUUGGGAAAAUACGUGAUUCCAAAUCCUACUGCGAAAACGCUCUUAGGAUCUACUUAAAACCUUCUCCGGGAACUCCUGUGGAAGAGGUUGCGACUGGUUUUAUAGAGAUCUCUGCGAUAUAUCAGUCAAUGAACGAACUUGAACAGUCUUUGAAGCUGCUGAGACGAGCGUUGAAGAUAUAUUCAAACGCUCCAGGUCAACAGAACACGAUCGCUGGCAUUGAAGCUCAAAUGGGUGUGAUUUCUUACAUGAUGGGGAAUUAUCCUGAAUCUUACAACAUUUUCAAGAGCGCGAUAUUGAAGUUCCGCAACAGCGGAGAGAAAAAGACCGCUCUUUUCGGGAUUGCUUUGAAUCAGAUGGGACUUGCCUGCGUUCAGCGUUACGCCAUCAACGAAGCUGCGGAUUUGUUUGAGGAAGCGAAAACCAUUCUGGAGAAUGAGUACGGACCGUACCAUCCCGACACGUUAGCAGUUUACAGUAACCUGGCCGGAACAUACGACGCAAUGGGCAGGUUAGAAGAUGCUAUAGAGAUAUUGGAGUAUGUUGUUGGCACAAGAGAGGAGAAGCUUGGGACGGCGAAUCCAGAAGUGGAGGACGAGAAACAGAGGCUAGCUGCAUUGUUGAAAGAAGCGGGAAGAGGGAGGAGCAAGAGAAACAGAGCACUUUUUACUCUUUUGGACAAGAACUCUGAGAUGACACCAAAUGGUGGACAGAGACCAGUUUAUUGAUUAAUCGGAUUAUGGUUCGAUCUAAAAAUGUAUAUAUACAUAUACACGAGAUAUGAGUUCUAAACUGGUACUUAUACGAGCGAGAGAAAAGAAAAAAGAACAUCUGAUUCAGAAUACUAAAGAAAAAACAUGUAUGUUGUAAUUAUUUUUGUAUCUAUUGUCAAAACAAUUCUCGUUUUUGUUUG